AGAUUAACAUAAAAAAGGUGAAAAAUUCUAGACUGAUCUACAAAAAUGGGAGGAGAAGGUGCUACUCAUAAACAGGACUUUGAACUCUGUCUGGGGGUGAUAGGUGUAGUUGAUGGAUUGAAUGGAAGACGAUGCAUAGCCUCGGAUACAGUUUAUACUGUAGUGUUCGGCUUAAGCUGUAUUAUCUUAGGGCUCAUUGUAUCAGCAAUCCUGCGUCUGAUAGAUGCGAAGAUAAACAGGAAACUGAACCGGGCUCAAGGAGUACAGGAGGAGGAGGAAGCAGCAAUACUGAGAACAUAUGUUGAUGAGCAGUUAGAGCAGAUAACAGCUGAUUUUGAGAAAGCUUCAUCUGCUGGAAUGUUCAGUGGCAAACUCGCAGAACACGUGGAAAACCCCUGGCUUGGAACACCUUUGGUCUCUAAAAGGGGAUCAAUCACAUCAUUAGGAUCAAGGAGGGACUCUGUUGUGUCUGCCACAGUUCUCAUAAAGAGAGUGAAGGCUACUCCACCAGAUUCUAGGGUAGAGUCCAGGGCUGAUACUCCAAUUCCUUCUAGAAGCAGCAGCAUAAAGAAUGUAGAUGCUGCAGCAAGAAUGCGUAAAAUAAGUGGAGUAAGCAAAUCUUCAGAGAAAAGUUUCUAUAUCAACGCAAUAAUUCCAGAGGUAAUAGUAGCUGAUGAAGGAAAUGAAGAUGGAAAAAAAACAAGAGAAGGAAAAGGAGAACACAAUGCUGCUUUUCUUCCUUAAAAUUGCAUCCACAUUAAAAUGUUCAAUAAAAAAAUAAAAGGUUUUUCAUUUA